AUGCCUGACCCUACACUCAUCGUCGUGUGGGUCUUCACUUGGAUUGCCGUUACUGUCAUGUGCCUCCGCCUGCUCCUCGUCAGAAUCAACAAGAAAUCCUUCUGUGCUGGUGAUUAUCUAACGAUGGGGGCCAUCUUCUGCGCGAUCGCAAGGCUCUCUCUCAUACAUGUCGUCCUGAUCUGGGGGAGCAAUAACGUUUCACCCAAGUUCCGCGCCACUCAUCACUUUACACAGCAGGAGAUAUACCAAAGGGAGAUUGGUGGAAAGCUCACCAUUGUUAACCGGCUCUUCUACAACUCCUACCUCUGGCUCCAGAAAUUGGUGCUUCUCGAUUUCUAUCGGCACUUGAUAUAUCAUCUUCGAUGGGAGAGAAUUACCAUGGUAUCGUUCUUAGCCAUCUUCGCUGCCAGUUAUGUCGUUGUUCAAGUUGUGACUUUCAGCGAAUGCCAACCCUUGUAUCUGUAUUGGCGAGUCCUUCCGGAUCCAGGGAAAUGCAGCCAAGCUCAGGUGCAGUUGAUCACACUUGGAGUGCUGAAUAUCAUCACCGACAUCAUGCUCAUAGUUCUACCGAUUCCAGUGUUGGUCAGAUUGAGGCGAUCGUUUUUCCAGAAGAUACAGCUCUACUUCCUGUUCUCCUUGGGCAUCUUCAUUGUCGCCAUCACUAUUGUCAGGUUACCACAAAACGCGAACCACGCCACCGCGCAGGUCAAUCGCACAACAUGGGCAUCAGCAGAGCUGCUCACAGCUUCCUUCGUGGCCAACGCACCCGCUCUGUACACCCUAUGCAAGCGGAAAGAGGGAUCAAACCCACCUCACCCCCCGCCACCACCUGUCCCCCCCAAAGGCUCUAAUUACAAUACUAGUGAAGCGACCAGCGCAGGUUCAGGAGUUUCUUCGGGUCAAUAUGAGCUUCAGAAUGGCCCCACGUUCAAAGCACGCGGCUAUUCUGAAGUGGAGAGGGGCAGAACAGACUCGGACAGAGAUUCGCAUAGUGGGAUAUUGGUUACCUCGAACAUUGAUACAGAGUACUCGCCAAGAGAUCGACUGCGAUGA